UUCAAAUAUCAAGUUAGUUUUCAAAAUUUAUAUAAAAAAAUUUUUUAAAAAAUAUUUUGUAAACAAAUAAAAUUUUUAGUGAAAUUUCAAUAUAAAUCAACAAAAAAAUUAAAAUAUAUAUUUAAAAAACUAAAUUCUUAGUAUUCUUAAUAAUGGUUUUAACACAAUUUCUCAAAAUGCCCCUUCUCUUGGGGCGUUGGGUAAAUCGGGCUUUCAGUUCAGCAGUCACCUUAACCCCCGUUAAUAACCUACAACAACAGCAGCUACGUUCUAAAGCUACAAAAAUGGAUUGCAAACAUCUGGAGCCCAAGUGUGGGGAUCGUUUUAAGCAAGAACCCUGUAAUCCCCGACAAGUGGAUAUUAUAUUAAAACAACCUGCUCCAGAACCUUUACCCAUACAAAAACGUGCCAUUAAAUUAAAACAUCCUAUGGAAUGCUGCGGCAAUCCUUGUAAAGAUGCCUAUCCACGUUUUGAUUUAUUGUACUAUAAACGUAGUGAUAAACUAAAUCGUGAGUAUCAACAAACCUGGGCGGAAUGUCCAGAAUUGAUAAGAAAACCUAAGGUUAUUUGCUGUUAUGAUAAAAUCAAACAACCCAAAUGGCCAAAAAGACCACGUAAACAUAGGCCACAAACGGCUUGUGAGCAAACCUGUUCUAGUGCUCAUUAUAAAUGUCCUCGCAUGACUAUGGAGGGUUGUCGUUCGGCCCACAUACCACCCAAAUGUAGACCCACCAAAACUAAAUCCAACUGUAAGAAACGUAAAGCUCCCUUUCCCGCUUAUUCAGAAUGUUCACGUAAAUUACCUAGACCCAGACAUCCCAUAGAAUGUCGCUGCCUGCUUACACCCUCUAUGUGUGAGGUAUGGGUACAUCAUUUUAAAAUGCAAAGAAUAAAGAAAAUAAAUUUAUGUUAAGUUUAAGUUUAAGAUUUUAACGGAAGUCUUAGAUUGAAAUUUAAUAGAAAUUUUAUUUCUUUAGUCAAAUGUAAUUUAAAAAGGAUUUGGUUUAGGAAUAUUGAAUAUAAAAUU